AAACGCAAGAAACGCAAUUAACAAAAGUCGCUUUCUACCCACGUGAUCUUUCGUCGACUUUUCUUCUUCUUCUCCUUCAUCUUCAUCUCGUCUCUAACUUUUCGGGGAGCUUUUGAUGUGAAUUAGGGUUUUAUCAUCAUCUCUUUCUUUGUCCCUUAACCAAGAAAGGAGAAAGUCAGAGACUUUUUUAUUUUACUCCUAUCAUUUCUAUUGGGCUGCCUGUUUAUCUCCAGGUUAAUCGGUUCUGGUCUUACUGUGAAGAGUCACGAUGAUGUUCAACGAGAUGGGAAUGUGCGGGAACAUGGAUUUCUUCUCUUCCGGGUCUCUCGGAGAAGUUGAUUUCUGUCCAGCACCACAGGCUGAACCGGACUCAAUCGUUGAAGAUGACUAUACCGACGACGAGAUCGAUGUGGAUGAAUUGGAGAGGAGGAUGUGGAGGGACAAAAUGAGGCUUAAACGUCUCAAGGAACAGGACAAGAGCAAGGAAGGAGUCGAUGCUGCAAAGCAGAGGCAGUCUCAAGAGCAAGCGAGGAGGAAGAAAAUGUCUAGAGCUCAAGACGGGAUCUUGAAGUACAUGUUGAAGAUGAUGGAAGUGUGUAAAGCUCAGGGCUUUGUUUACGGUAUCAUCCCUGAGAAUGGAAAACCUGUCACCGGUGCAUCGGAUAAUCUCCGUGAGUGGUGGAAAGAUAAAGUCAGGUUCGAUCGUAACGGUCCUGCGGCUAUAACCAAGUACCAAGCGGAGAACAAUAUCCCUGGGAUUCAUGAAGGUAACAAUCCUAUUGGACCGACUCCACACACUUUGCAAGAGCUUCAAGACACGACUCUUGGAUCGCUUUUGUCUGCGUUGAUGCAGCACUGUGAUCCUCCUCAGAGAAGGUUUCCUUUGGAGAAAGGAGUUCCUCCUCCAUGGUGGCCUAACGGGAAAGAAGAGUGGUGGCCUCAACUUGGUUUGCCUAAAGAUCAAGGUCCUGCUCCUUACAAGAAGCCUCAUGAUUUGAAGAAGGCGUGGAAAGUCGGCGUUUUGACUGCGGUUAUCAAGCAUAUGUUUCCUGAUAUUGCCAAGAUCCGUAAGCUCGUGAGGCAAUCUAAGUGCUUGCAGGAUAAGAUGACUGCUAAAGAGAGUGCUACUUGGCUGGCCAUUAUUAACCAAGAGGAGUCUUUGGCACGAGAGCUUUACCCUGAGUCCUGCCCUCCAGUUUCUUUAUCUGGCGGAAGUUGCUCUCUUCUGAUGAAUGAUAGUACUCAAUACGACGUUGAAGGUUUCGAGAAGGAGGCUCAUUAUGAAGUUGAAGAGCUCAAGCCAGAGAAAGUGAUGAAUCCUUCAAGCUUUGCCAUGGCUGGUAAAAUCCAUGAGUUCCCUGUGAAGGAAGAAGUCAUGUCGGGAAACUCGGAAUUCAUGAGGAAGAGGAAACCAAACAGGGAUCUGAACACUAUAAUGGACAGAACUGUUUUCACAUGCGAGAAUCUUGGAUGUGCGCAUAGCGAGAUCAGCAGGGGAUUUAUUGAUAGGAACGCAAGAGAUAACCAUCAGUUGGUUUGUCCAAACCGAGGGAGUUGCUUACCGUAUGGAGCAGCAGCAGCAUCCAGGUUCCAUGUCAAUGAAGUUAAACCUGUAGUUGGAUUUUCUCAGCCAAGGCCAGUGAACUCGGUGGCUCAACCAAUCGACUUGACCGGUAUUGGAGUUCCUGAAGAUGGACAGAAGAUGAUCUCCGAGCUCAUGUCCAUGUACGACAGAAAUGUCCAGAGCAACCAAACUUCUAUGGUCAUGGAAACUCAAAACGUGUCUUUGCUUCAGCCAACUGUCCAGAAUCAUCAAGAACACCUCCAGUUCCAAGGAAACAUGGUCGAAGGAGGUUUCUUUGAAGACUUGAACAUCCCAAACAGAGUUAAUAACAACAACAACAACCAAGCGUUUUUCCAAGGAAACAAUAAUGGGUUUAAGUUCGACGCUACACACAACAACAACAACAACAACUUUGAAGCUGCUCAUAACAAUAACAACAACAACAGUAGCAGCAACAGGUUUCAGCUUGUGUUUGAUUCUACACCGUUUGAUUUGGCUUCAUUCGACUACAGAGACGAUAUGUCAAUGCCUGGAGUGGUAGGAGCGAUGGAUGGUAUGCAGCAGAAGCAGCAAGAUGUGUCCAUAUGGUUCUAAGUCUUGGUAGUAGAUUUCAUCUUCAGUUAUUUUUAUUUUUAUCUUUUGUGGUCUUACAUUCACUCUACCAUGUAAUAUUUUUCUGGGCACGUCUCUCUGUCUCUCUCUCUCGCUUGUGAUGUGUUUGUAAGAGUCUCUAAAACUCUAUGUUACUGUGUGUCUUUGUCUCGGCUGGUGAAAUUCUCUCAUCAUCAGCUUCUUUUAGUUACACAUCCCAGACUUGGGGACGAAACACAUUAUAUAUAAAUUUUAA